AUGGGCGCAUCGCUAUCUUUACGCCGCGAUGACAAACAGCAUCAGAUCAAAAAGGCAGAGAAGCACUUGAGGGAACAAUACGACGGCCAAUGGCACUGGUCCAUCGAGGGCAGAGUUCGCCGUCCCUCUAUCAGCCCAGGCAAGUUGGAAGAUCGCAUGCUAGAGCUGAAAGACUCCAAGCAAGUCUACCGAAAGCGACGAUACCUCAAUCCCUGGCGAGGCAACGAACACGAAAAAUACCCCGAUGUGGAUGCUUAUUACAGCACGAACAAAGAGUAUCCCCGUCGAUUGGUCGUACAGGCCGCUCCGGGUACCCUAGCCGACACGGAAUCUCGCCACUGGAGUCGCCGAAAGAUCAAUGGACAUGUGCCGACUAUUAUUUCACUUGCGGAACUCUGCUUGAAUCCAUUGGGAUUUGAGCAGUAUGAGUCUGGAUACGAUGACGAGGAUGAGGGAGACAGACACGGAAGACAACGCAGACAAGACUCGUUGACAGUGCUUCAACGCAUCGUGCAUGUGAUAGCAGCAACUUUAUGCACGUUGGGAUUGGCUUGGGUCAUUCAGCUGUUGCUGUCUAUCCAGGUUGUCACUGCUCCUUGGAGUGAUGAUGGCACCGCCGAGCCUUAUGAUGAGUAUGAGAACGUGUCGUGGUGUUGGCCCAAGCACGCUGUCAAUGUACUCGACCAGUCACCGGAAAACACAAAACCGCAAUCGCAGCUCACCAAGCUCACCAUCCCUCGUCGUCUGGUUGUGAGAGACCCCGAAACCAAGCAAUGGGUCGUCAAAGAGACUACCGAGCUGCGCGAUGAAAAGACGGGUAUGCUACAACCCUAUAUAUUUCUCAGUUUCUCUCGAGCCAAUUACCUCGGCAAAAAGGAUGGCGAGCUACGUUCGUUUUUCUAUCGUAUUGCGGAGGCUAUGUUGGAGCAUGAAAACAGGGAUAAAGCCCCCAAUGAACCUCUUGUGAAGGCGUUCUGGGUUGACCUGGACUGUGUCUCACCCGACGAUGCGAACGACACGACUGAAGAGGCAAAGGCGGAGUCAAAACGUACGAAAGAUGUCCAUUCAAUUUGUGAUGCCGUUCGUUGUGCGAAGCGAGUCUAUGUCGUGCUACCUAGCGACGAUCCAGAGCAGAAGAGGAUAUGGGGACAGCGCAUCUGGACAUUACCCGAGGUUCUUCUUGCAGCAGGCAAGAUCAGAUACUGUUUUUCGAACCCUGAGACCAUUGAAAACGAUCGUCAGGACCUGCCACACUUUGAUGUUACCUUGACAGAUAUGUACGACAGCUUCUGGCCUGGAUCCACGUCUCGAUUCCGAUCCAGCCACGAGGAAGACAACGACGGAUCGCAUGAAGAUGUGAUCUCCCAUCUCAUCAACCAUUACACCAACACCACCACGCUCAGUGAAUUGCAACUAUUCACGUGUGCGGUCCAAGCCAUGGCCCAACUAUCUACUGGCAAAGAUAUACAGGGAUAUACGACAGCGGACAUGGCUUAUGCCGCCAUGGGACUACUCGCCUAUCGCAUCAAUUGCAAUCCCACGGACAGUCCUUUCCAGGCCAUUGCACGGCUAUCUCUCGUGAAUGACAGCGAUAACCUACUCGAACGUCUUGUAUGUCUGUGGCCAUCCCAUCCCCCUCAGAAACAGCUCCAAGAUCGAGUGGAGGGCAUUAAUGCUCUGACCGGCAGUGAGAGCAUUCUGAGAAAUAUUGCCGAUCGUGACCAAUACUCGGUUCACCUCUGGGAUAUACAGCCCACCUGCAGUGUGGUUGGAAUUGGCGAUGAUCCACACUCCCCCACCGUCAUCUUGGAUCGAUGCCGCGGUAUUCCCAUCCGUUGGAAGAACUUUCCCAGAGUCAAGUACGUCAAAGACCUGAAUGGAUUCCGUGCGACUGUUUCCCAGAAAGUCGUGUAUGCUGGUGCUUGGUUUCUGCUGACCGGAUUUGGUCUAUUUUCGUCGGCUAUCUCUCUUGAGUUCUCCCUCAUCAAUAACCAGUCCACCAUCGAUGUGUCCAUGUAUUUGCUUGGUGUGGCAUUGUUCGUUGGAUGCGCUUGGAUCAUCUCCUGUUUCAGCCCGUGGGCAGUGCGACAGCUCUGCAACAGUGGUGCUACCGGUGUAUCCUGCCACCUGGUAGGAUUUGAGGGUACAAUGCCUCUCAGAGACAUUGAAAAAGUCAUCUACGGAAACUUCAAUCACCGUCUGGCCUAUGCGCCUUCGUCGACCAUUUUCUCCAAGAACCUGCGCAACAAAAAGACCCGAGAGGGAAUUGAACCUGAAGAUCCAGCAUGGUGGCAGCAGGAAGCCCAGAAGCUGAACGUUCCCGAGGGGCAUCGUCUUUUCACGAUCGUGGAUACGGGAAACAUGACUGUCUCCGUGAUCGCUGCGGAGCGACCUCCAGUGGUAGCACUUAUCUGCGGUCGUGAAGGUGGUAUGGUUCGUGCUCUUCUCUGUAGCUGGCGGUUCGAACAGAAUUGUCUCUACAGGGAGUGUGUUAUUCGAAUGCGCAGCUCUGUGGAGUAUCUCGCGACCCCCAAUGACUGGCUGAAGGUUAGCUUGGCAAGCCAAGGUGACGUUAGUCGUACUACUGUGGAUCACCUUCGACAGGAAUUGAAGGAAAAAGCAACUCCUACUCCUCCUACACCACCUCCAAAGGACCAACCUACCAGGGUGUCUGUGGCGAGCCUCGGAACUCAUAUUUACACUCAAGCCCGGGAGUCGACGCCAGCACCCGCUGCUGUCAAUGAGACGAAUGUGCCGUUGUAA